GAAAUAGUAAGAGUAAAACUUCGAAUUUCAAGUUAGUAUAGCUAAACAAUGCCUGAAAUUUAAUCUCAUAAGACAUCUUGAAAUCAACACACACACAACAAAUUCUAAACUGAACUACAAAAUGCCAAGACGAGGACGUGCUGCUUCUCCUCCCCCAGCCGCUCAUGCUUCAGCUCCUAAACCCGCAGCGGCUCCUGCACCUGCUCCUGCCCCUUCUGCAGUAGCUCCUGUAGCAGCAGCGCCUGCUGCUGUAGCUCCCAUGGCAGCAGCUCCUCAGCAGCCUGGUCUUAUGGCACAGAUGGCCGCUACAGCUGGAGGAGUAGCAGUUGGAUCAGCUGUUGGUCACGUGGUCGGGGCUGGAAUGACCAGCAUGUUUUCCGGUGGUAGCUCAUCAGCUCCUGCACCCGCUGCUGCACCUCAAGCCCCCGCCGCUGCCGCCCCUGCUCCCCCAGCAGAACCCACAGGACCUUGUGCUUUCGAGAUCAAGGAAUUCAUCAAGUGCGCGCAGGGUCAAUCCGAUCUAACCUUGUGUCAAGGAUUUAAUGAAGCAGUCAAGGAAUGUAAAUCAAGGAACAGUUUAUUGGUCUAGGAAGAUUAAGCAGACUUUAAUUUAAAAUACAUUCUUAGUGCAAAGAACAUAUUAGCAAUUCUCUCUGUGAAUAUUUUUAAAACAUAAAAUAUUUGUAAAUAUGUAAAUAUUGAUAAACUUUUGUUAAAAAAG